AUGGACAAGAAGGAGAAGAAAGCGGGCAAAGACAAGACUGCAAAGAAAGAGAAAAAGGAGAAGAAGGACAAGAAGGACAAGAAGGCGAAAAAGCUCAAAGAGCAACAGCAGGACGACCAAUUAUCCGAGGACUCGGAUGGCCCCAAGCAUGCAGCGAAGCUGCCAGUACAAGAAGAUGGGAACGAAGCCGAGGUUGACGGAGCAGACAAGGACAAGGAUAUGGAGGAAGAGCUGUUUGGAAGCGGCAGCGACAACGAGGAGCCAGCAAAGGCACCCUUGCCCGUGAAGCAGCCGCAGCAAGACAAGCAAAAAGACGCCACAGAGGAUCUCGUGGAUCAAGUGGAGAAAGAAGUCCGACGAGACAAGCAGAAGGCUUCUGGCAAAAAGGAAAAGAAAGAUAAGAAAGAAAAGAAAGACAAGAAGGAUAAGAAAGAUAAGAAGGAGAAAAAGGACAAGAAGCGCAAAGCAGCCGCUUUCCUCGAUGCACCUUCAAACAUUGUGCCACACGAAGAGGCAGAUGCUGGACACGCCAAGGCGAAUGCCGUCGAUGAGGAUGAAGACAUCUUCCAAAAGCUUGGGCUGGAGGGUGAUGUGGACGACCAAUUCUCGGAGGUCGCGCCUGGCAGUGUCGGGCAGCCGCCAGCACCGUCCCCAUUUCUGGUAGCUGGUGGUGGGUCGCCCUCGCGCUCGCAACGGGUGGGCCGCUCCCUGAGCCCGUCACCCGCUGGGCUCGGGGCACGCCGGCGCAAGUCAUCAGCCCGGCAGGCGGAGGAGGAGCCUGUGCCCGAGACUCUGACCAGCCAGUGGACACAAGUAUUGGAAGCAAUCAGACCGCGGAAAGGUCUUGUCAUCAAAGACGAGGAUGCCCAUGUGUUCGUGGAAGCCUUCGUCAAGAAGAUGGAGAGCAUUGCGGCUGAAGAUGUGCAGGAUUAUCUUGAGAAUAAGCCAAUGGUGAAGAAGCUGAGAAUGCUGCCGGAGGCGGUGGAGGUCAUGGAAAAAUUCCAGUUCUCUGAUGCCUUCAUCACCUACGGUGGAUGCAAAGUCUUGGCACUUUGGCUGCAGAAUCUUCCUAAUGGACAGCUGCCAUCUGUGCACCUUCGGUCCACUCUGCUGGCUUGCAUGGAGCGGCUACCCAUCACCAAAGAUGCGCUGCGAGACGCAGGGGAACCACGCUUAGGACAGAUUGUAGCAAGGCUCCAAAGUCAUCCAGAUGAGACUCCUCGGAACCGAAAGCGUGCACGUGGUUUAGUUCAAAAGUGGCUACGCCAAAUAAUGGUCCCAGAGGAAGUGGACAGCCUGGAGGGUUUCCUAGCAGAAGGUGAGAAGGUGGGAACGAUUCCUCGGCCGCCCCCGGAGACCGAGGAGAGCUUGGCAAUCCAGGAGGAAGAAAGCGCGAAGCGCCUUCAUCCCGCAAUUCCAGUGAUUCAAGGCAAGGAGUACGUCAUCCAGCCGAUCUCCACCGCUCAGCCCAUUGUUCGCGAAAAAAUGCCAAUGGACACCUACAAGGGCAAGCUCAACGAGGUCUUGAAAGUGAUGGCAAGGCCGAACAAGCGAUCAUGGAAGCCAUACACGGUGUCCGUUGCUGGCAGACAGCUCAACGCCGAGUGA